AUGCUUUCCGACCUUCCCGGCCCCACCACAAGUUGUCUUUUUGGAGAAUACAAUGAUCUGGCUGGAACAUAUGGCAACGAGGAACUACUGGAGUAUUUGAUGACGAGCGGAACUCCAGAAGUCAUUCCGAAGAUGCGUUCCAGGUUUUUCAGGUUCGCGACGAAAGCCGGUCGGAUGAAUAUUGUUCGCUUCCUGUACAACUUUCGAAGCGCAGAAUGGCCAUGGAAUUUUGAGUGUGAUGCAGAGGGGAACAGAAGACCACUAGAAAACAUUCUUGACGGCGGUCACAAUCCUGAGGUCUGGGAUUUCGUCGAGGCUAUGCGCAUUGCUGAAGGAAUAUCACCGGCAUCCAGUGAUAUUGUUGAUAGCAAACUCCACAACUGUGCAAGAAUCGGCUACCUAGGCAUAGUGUCGCACCUCCUACGCAUCGGUGAGUACGCCAAUGGAGAUCGAACCGGCAUCCUCCAUAUAGCCGUCAAGUACGCUAGCGAACGCGGCCACGCAGCUAUUGUCCAGCUUCUCUUAAACAAUGGUGCGAAUCCGAACAUCACUCUCGAAGGUGCCGUACGCCGCGGUCACGGGAAGCUCGUGCAAAUGCUGCUGGAUCGCGGAGUCAAGCCCAGCGAGGCACUUGUCGAUGCCGGAAGAUACUACAAACCACACACUAAGCUUCUGGCGAACAUAGAAAGAGGGCCUUAUCUGGACGUAGUCCGGCUACUUGUUGACGCCGGCGUAGACAUAAACGAAAGCAUUGGCAAGGACAGCCCUCUCGCCGGAGCAAUCGCCGCAGAACAUACAUCACUGUUUGAGUUCCUUCUCGAACGAGGAGCGGAUUUGCAUUCUCCUGGGAUAGCAGAGGAGUGCGUACGGCGAGCGAAAAAGGAUGGGCUGGAGUCUAUGCUACUGCUGCUCGGAAAACAUGGGGUUGAUGUCAAUGUUGAUUUGGAGGAAGCGGCGUGA